AUGAUAAGCCGACUACGUUCAUGGAUGACAUGGUCAUGGACAUACUUAUGGGCGUUAUGGUUUUUGUUAGUUAUUGCACUAAUAUAUAUUCUGCGUGGCCCUCUUCAUAUUAUUGAAUCUUUGGAAACUGCUUCAACUUACUUUAAUAAUUUGACCCCAAAAUUUUAUGUUGCAUUGACUGGAACGUCAAGCUUAGUGUCUGGUAUUAUUUUGAUCUUCGAAUGGUGGUAUUUUAAAAACAAUUCCGGUGAUAAUGGUUUGGGUAGCGAAGAUGGUAGUGAUAACGAAGAUGGUGGGGAAUCGACAAGCCGAAGUGUUCCAGAAUGCAAAGUUUGGCGAAACCCUACAGCUUUAUUCCGGGGUGCAGAAUAUCAGAGAUUUACGAAAAUGACAGGGAAAGAGCCACUUACUUAUUAUGAUAUGAAUUUAUCGGCUCAAGAUCAUCAGAAUUUCUUUACAUGCGAAGGUGAUGCCGGUAAGCAAGAUUACGAAAGUAAGUACAUCUUAUUGUUUUAAAU